AUGCUUAUAUCAUUACGUGUUAAGUGCUUCUUGGCAACACGAAGGGAUCCCGGGGAAAGUUCUAGCUCCAAUCCCGUGGAAAGGGAUCAGGAGCAAGUUGAGGAAGAUAUCUUAUUGCGUGAUUUGGUCCCACCAAGAGAGGGACAAGCGAGGGGGACUAUUGAUCCACCUUUUCAGAUGAAUAGGGAACAAAUUAGGUUAGCCAUUCAAGAGGCUAUUUUUGAUGCAUAUCGACCGACAGGUGCGUCAUCGUCACAGUUUGUGCCACCACCGGCUCCACCACCACCACCUCCGAAGACAAAUGAGCUAGAUGAUACUCUUUCUCACAUUGCCAGGUUCGUGAAGUUGAUGCCAACCUUGUUUGAGGGUGGUCCAGAUCCGCUUGUUGCGGACAGUUUCCUGGAUAAGGUGGAGAAGCAUAUUAAUGCCAUGAAUUUGGCAACGGACAAGUUGAAGAUCACAUUGGCGACUUACAAUUUUGUAGGCGAUGCUGAGAUUUGGUGGAAGACCGUUUCUCACACCCAUAAUCUGGAUACUAUGACAUAUGCUACAUUCAAGAAGUUGUAUUAUGAGAAGUACUUUCCAGUGCCUAAGCGGAGGGAACUAAAGAAGGAGUUUGAUGGGUUAAAGCAAGGAAGUAUGACAGUUACAGAGUAUGAAAACAAGUUUACAUCACUUUUGAGAUUUGCACCGGGAAUUGCUAAUGAUGAAGAAGAAAAGAUAGAGAAAUUUGUUGAUGGCCUUGAUCUUACCAUUAGGCCAAUUGUAGCUGCUUCAGAACCGACAGAGUAUGCAAAAGCAGUGCGAAAGGCUUUAGUGGUUGAGGCUGAGAGUAAGGACAACAAGGUUAUCAAGGAGUCCUACAAGCACAACAGGGGUAUGAGUACUUUCUCCGAAGGUCAAUCAAGUAAGAAGCAGAAGCAUGAGCAGUCAGGGUUCAGGGGACAGCAGCCAGUUAGAUCUGCACCCACAGCUUCAGUGUCCAUGGGGUCUUCUAGACCGAAUGUUACUUGUUUCAGAUGCGGGCAGUUGGGACAUUACAAGUCCCAAUGCACUCAGACACAGGUAGCUCGGAUGAUUUGUUUCAAGUGUGGGCAGCCAGGGCAUCACAAGUCCCAGUGUACUUAGAUUUAGGUGGCGUCUGGUGGAUGUUUCGGGUGUGGCCAGCCGGGCCAUAGGUGAAAGAUUGUCCACAGCGGGGCAGUGGUUUGGGCAGAGGUGGAGGUUCACAGCAGAGGCAGAUGCAGUCUGCCACAGUUCAGUCAGGGUUUCAACCACCACCACCACCUCAGCCGUCUCAGCCAGCUAUGUCAACCCAGAGUUCUCGACUUGGUAGGGGAGCUUCCUCGAGUGCACCUACUCAGCAGUCUGGCUAUCAGACAGGCAGUUCCCAGGGGCAGAGGACCCAGGGUCGCGUGUUUGCACUCACUCCAGCCAAGUCACCAUCCAGUUCUUCAGUUGUUAGGGGAUAUGGAAAAGAGGUGGCGGACAACGGUCCACCACAGGUUUAGAUGAGCUUGAAAACCCAUUCUAUUUUGUUAUCUUUUGUAUUAGACUCUAAUAUUUUGUAAAUGUAAUAUUAACUACCUUGUGACACUUUAGCUUAAUUAGUAUGAUGUUGUAAGUUAUGGACUUUUAAUUCUAGCUACAUUUUAUGGACAGUAAUUUGAUGUAACUUAAAUGGGUUCCAUGUUUGGAUGAGAUGGAGGAACGGGACUUUUGUAUGUAUGUAACUAUUUUGGGAAUGUAGUAUAAUAUUUGAAUUGUGCGUUGGGACAGGAUAAGUUAGAUUUAAGACCCAGUGAGGCCAUUGCAUUUAUUUUUUGUAUUUCUACAGGUUGUUGAGGGACAUUUUCUGUGGAAGUCAUGCCGAAAUUUUUAUAGAUUUUUAUUAUUAUUUUAGUAUCUUUUCGAGUCGUUACAUAUUUUAUGGUAUUGUUGAG